CUAGGAACUGUCUGAGCUGUAGCCCUGUUUCCGAACGACACACUUACUUUGCUGCCACUGUACCGGAAGUUGCGUUUGUGGAGGUCAAAUCAAAUAAAACAGUCACAAUGGUGAAAAAGAAGCGCUUGAGACUGAUUGCUGAGAUGGCCCGAAAGAUCCGGGCUUAUCAAGAGCUGAAAAAUCGGCCACGGGAUUCACAACGCUAUGCCCUGGACUAUGAAACCAUGACACGGCCAUUCACCGGUAAGAGGCUGCCAGUGCUGGCCUGGCAGGACGUGCGGAAAGAGACUCCACUCUUCAGGCUCCUGGCUGGCAUGCGCAUGUUUGGUGUGGGACGGCUCUUUACAAGGAAGUCGUGGCUGGAGGAGCACACCGAGCCCUGCUACUGGAAGAUAACUAAAGUGAAAGUAGACUAUACAGCAGAGAAUAUGGACCAUGGGAAAGCGUGGGGCAUUUUGACAUUUAAAGGUAAGGAAGAAGCCUCUGAGAAGGAGAUAGAUAAGGUCAUGUAUCACGACUGGCGCUUGGUACCCAAACACGAAGAAGAGGCCUUUACACGUUUCGAGCCUGUCCCCGAACCCCCCAUCCGACAUGUGCGCUACCCACCGCUCCUGCGUGCCAUGAUGUUAGCACAGCAAGUCAAGGAGCUCGGUGUUGAUGCCAGCACCUUACCUGAACCCAGCCUACCUCUUAAACGAGAUGUUCUGCUCAGCAAAGAGUACUUCCGCAGCCAGGAACAGCAGAAAAAGGAGGGAACGCCCGUGUAAGCUGAAUUCAGAAGAGAAAGAUCAAACCUGUAAUGAAUUCCUCCUGCAUUCUUUUCAGUACGGUGUUAAUCUCAAGGUGGAUGCUGUUCUUACAACGAUUUAGGACAAGCUUUUCCUGACCAAAUGCUAACAUCGAUCUUUAGACGAGAAACAUGUUCUCUGGUAAACACGACGUGUAUUAUAUCAUAAUGGCAGCCAUGUUUGGGAAAUUGGAAUGUUUGAAAACCGUCUUUUACUCAUUUUGUUUAAAGAUUAGGACUGUCGAAGACACUUCCUUGGAGUCAGGCCACUGAAGGAUGAUUCAGAGACAAUUUAAACCUUAGGUUCUUUUUUGUGUUGUAUUUCCUUAAAGAGGAAGUCGUAAUCUCUCUAUGUGAUGUCCAAUACUGUACAUGUUCUGAUAAUAGCAUUUGCAUUAUUUAUAAAUAAAAAUGAGAUACUAAUGACAAAA